UUCGCGAAUCAGUGUUUCGUAAAUCGGUCUAGACCGUUGUUCUAGACCAAAAUUGUUCAACAUUGUCUGUUACUUCGGGAAUUCGACAUGAUCCUUUUAAGUACUCUACUGACGUUGUGCCUUACCAUUCGCCUUGGCGAUGGGGUUGGUUUCCAUGGAUUUCAUUUUCGAGGUUUAGAGGAACCGCAAUCAACGUUGUUCAGCGCGGAUAAUGUACAAGAAAAAUGGAUUACGCAACCUCUCGACCACUUCAACGCACGCGACAAUCGUACUUGGUCAAUGCGCUAUUAUCUAAAUUCAGCCUUUUUCAAAAAAAAUGGACCAAUUUUGAUUAUGAUCGGAGGGGAAUGGGAAAUAAACAAAGGUUUCUUAACGGCUGGUCAAAUGUUCGAAAUCGGCCGUACUCACAACGCGAUGAUGUAUUAUACCGAGCAUCGUUACUAUGGCAAAAGUAAACCGACCCUAGAUAUUACUUCAGCUAACUUACAGUACUUGAGCGUUGAUCAAGCAUUGGCCGAUUUAGCAUACUUCAUCGAAUGUAAGAAGAGAGAUCCUAGAUUCCAAAAUAGUAAAGUCAUCGUCUUUGGAGGAUCUUACGCUGGAAGCAUGGCUACCUGGGCUAGACUUAAAUACCCCCAUCUCAUUUACGGUGCAUUGGCUAGUAGCGCUCCAGUUUACGCAAAGGCUGAUUUUUACGAGUAUUACGAAGUCGUGACCGAGAGUCUUCGCAAACACAGUCAGAAAUGCGUGGAUGACACCAAAGCCGCAUUCGACGAGGUCGAAAAAUUGCUGUCAACCAAGAGGGGGGCGGAGACGUUGAAAUCUUCCUUGAAUUUAUGCUCCGCACCGAAUAUAGACUCUCCGAGCGACCUUAGUUACUUUAUGAACUUUUUGGCAGAGACGUUUGGUGGUAUCGUUCAAUAUAAUUCAGUGGUGAACGGUAAAUCGGAAAUCGCUGCGUGCUGCUCGAGCAUGACUUCACAGAACCUGGGUACUCCUCUGCAGAGAUUGGCGCGUCUCGUAUCGGGACAAGACAAAUGUUUGGAUCUUAAUUACGAGAUGUUUGUCAAGUAUUACGCUAACAGCGAAUACAACGAUGUCAUGAGACAAUGGUACUAUCAAACGUGCAGCGAGUACGGCUAUUUCCAAACGACGAACUCGACAAAAUCCAUUUUCGGAACUCUCUUUCCAGUGAAUUUUUACACGACUAUGUGUACCGACUUAUACGGCAGUUACUACAACAAGAAUUUCCUAAACCAAAGAAUUAGGAGAACAAACAUAAUGUACGGAGGUUUGAAACCAGAUUUACGAAAUGUAAUCUUCACCAACGGAGACGUCGAUCCCUGGCACGCGCUUUCUGUUCUUCGAGAUUUAAACAAAUUCUCGCCCGCGAUACUUAUCAAAGGAUCGUCGCACUGCCAGGAUCUGUACACGGACAGUGACACGAGCAACAAAAAUCUCGUUAAUGCCAGGGAAAACGUGCGUAAACUCAUCGGCGAAUGGAUCACUUCCAAGUAAACUUGGCUUUCGUUUUUGAAGAACAAGAAGAGUGAAAUAGAUGAAAAAAAAUAUGCAUUUAUUUCCAUGGACAAAAAGUCUUAUUUACAAUUGAUCGUGUGCCAAAAUGGAAUUUCGUGCAGCUUAUAUCUAUCUACAUCUCGCGAACGGUGUCUGCAUAUAGCAGACGAUAUUUUAUCGUUUUAAACGUACAUCGUGAAAUUCUUUACAGAUCGACGAUUUCCUUAAUCCAAAAUAUAAUCAAAUUUGUACAUUAAAUAAAGCAAUUUUUAGAUGCA